AUGCCCGCUACCUUCAUACCAUACCACCCCUCGCGCCCACCCUCACGAGCCGUCUCCAUCGUCGACGGAGCCCCCAACCUUCCGCCACCAUCUGACGUGCCGCCCUUCUACUACGACCGACCAUCGUCCCGCGCUUCCCACUCUCCCUCGCACUCAUGGUCUCCCACCCGCACCUCCCUCGACUAUGCCGUCCCGCCCUCGUACAAUGCUCCCUAUGAGCCUGCCGACAUCAACGGCAGUCCGCGACCAGGUUCACCUUCUAGUAAAUAUGGUGGAAGCCCGAAGCGACCCCUCCCACCAGCCCCGCUGUUUGCCGGUGUGCGACCCAACUCAUCCGACGGCGACAAGGAUCUCUCAGACAUGACAGCCAUCCCCAUCGAUGGCGAUGAUGACCCGUUCAUAGACGAUGAGCGACCAGACCUUCUCAAGACUGACUCGUUCGUGUCCGACUCAAGUUACAACGACGACGACGAAGACGAUUACGAUGAGAAAGGCAACUAUGAGCCCGCUCCAGAUGGAAAGCAAGAACGUCGUGGCGUGAGACCUGCAGUCAUGUCCAAGAAGGAGGUCAAGCUCAUCAAUGGAGAACUGAUCUUGGAGUGCAAAAUUCCCACCAUUCUGUACUCUUUCCUGCCCCGUCGCGAUGACAUCGAAUUCACGCACAUGCGAUACACGGCUGUCACAUGCGAUCCCAACGAGUUUGUCGAGCGUGGUUACAAGCUCCGUCAGCAGAUUGGAAACACAACCCGGGAGACCGAGCUGCUGAUCUGUAUCACCAUGUACAACGAGAACGAACUCGACUUUACCCGCACCAUGCACGGUGUCAUGCGCAAUGUGGCUCACUUUUGCAGCAGACAAAAGUCCAGAACAUGGGGCAAGGACGGUUGGAAGAAGAUUGUCAUCUGUAUCAUUGCUGAUGGACGCAAAAAGGUUCAUCCUCGAACUCUGGAUGCUCUUGCUGCCAUGGGAGUGUACCAAGAUGGUAUCGCAAAGAACUCUGUGAACCAACGUGAAGUCACUGGUCACGUUUAUGAGUAUACCACGCAGGUAUCUCUCGAUCCCGAUCUCAAAUUCAAAGGCGCCGAAAAAGGCAUUGUGCCUUGCCAGAUGAUUUUCUGCAUGAAAGAAAAGAAUGCAAAGAAACUCAACAGUCAUCGCUGGUUCUUCAAUGCGUUCGGACAGGCCUUGAAGCCCAAUGUCUGCAUUCUGCUAGAUGUUGGCACAAGACCAGGAGACACUUCUCUUUAUCACCUUUGGAAGGCAUUUGAUAACGAUUCGAACGUUGCAGGUGCUGCUGGUGAGAUCAAGGCUGGCAAGGGAAAGAAUUGGCUCGGGCUAUUCAAUCCACUUGUGGCGUCCCAGAAUUUCGAGUACAAAAUGUCUAAUAUUCUUGACAAACCGCUCGAAUCUGUCUUUGGUUAUAUCACUGUCUUGCCUGGCGCUCUUAGUGCGUACAGAUACCAUGCCCUCCAGAAUGAUGAGACUGGACAUGGGCCUCUUAGCCAAUACUUCAAGGGCGAGACUCUACACGGUCAAGAUGCAGACGUCUUCACCGCCAACAUGUAUCUUGCAGAAGAUCGUAUCCUUUGUUGGGAGCUUGUCGCCAAGCGUAACGAAUCUUGGGUCCUGAAGUAUGUCAGACAAGCCACUGGUGAAACUGAUGUACCUGAUGCUGUCCCAGAGUUCAUUUCUCAGCGCCGUAGAUGGCUGAAUGGUGCAUUCUUCGCUGCAGUCUACUCCCUUUUGCAUUUCAAACAAAUUUGGACGACGUCGCAUUCUCCGAUCCGCAAAGCGCUACUUCAUGUCGAAUUCAUCUAUCAAUUCAUUCAGCUCACGUUUACUUGGUUUUCGCUUGGUAACUUCUAUCUGACAUUCUACUUUGUUGCUGGUUCUCUUUCGGAUCCAAAGAUCGACCCUACAGGAGCAAAGGUCAAUCUCUGCAAAUAUGUCUUCACAGUUCUAAGAUAUGCUUGCAUAUUGACCAUUGCUAUGAACUUCAUCUUGAGCAUGGGCAAUCGACCACAGGGAUCGAAAAAGAUGUUCUUGGGCUCCAUGAUUAUCUAUGGUAUUGUCAUGGCAUACACCACGUUCGCUUCAAUCUGGAUUGUGGUAAAAGAAUUUGGCGGAGGCAAGAUGCAUCUUGGCAACAACCUCUUUACCAACUUUAUUGUCAGCACUCUCAGCACAAUUGGCCUCUACUUCUUGAUGUCUUUCCUCUACCUGGAUCCUUGGCAUAUGUUCACUAGUUCCGCUCAGUACUUUGGCAUGCUACCCAGCUAUAUCUGCACACUUCAAAUCUUCGCUUUCUGCAACGCGCAUGAUAUUUCUUGGGGCACAAAGGGUGACAAUACUGUCAGUACAGAUCUGGGAGCUGCGAAAGCCUCCAAGGGCGGCACUGUUGAACUCGAGAUGCCGAGCGAGCAGCUUGACAUCGAUAGUGGCUACGACACUGCUCUUCGCAACCUUCGCGACCGCGUCGAGGUCAUUGACCCACCACCGAGCGCAGCACAGCAGCAAGAGGAUUAUUACCGUGGAGUCAGAACUUACAUGGUGACAAUCUGGAUGUCUACCAACGCCAUCCUUGCCAUGGCCGUCAGUGGAGCAUACGGCGAGACGGGUAUUGCCAACAACGUCUAUCUCAAGUUCAUCUUAUGGGCUGUUGCUGUUCUGGCCUUGUUCCGUGCCAUCGGCUCCUCGACUUUCCUGCUCAUCAACGCCAUCCAUUCCAUCAUGGAGGGCAAGCUGAAGUUCAGUGACCGUAGUUCUACAGGCAGUAAGACUGCCUCGAGAAGACGAUACGGCUGGCGCAGCAAGAUACCAUCCUUCAGCUUCCUGGACGGAAGUGGUACGUGGAUCAGUGACAAAGCUGGAAACGCGACUGUUGGAAUAAAGAGACUUUUCCACAAAUGA